AUGCAUCCCGCCGGAGGUUCCGAGUGCUUCAUAUCCACUGUGAUGCUGGACGGGGAGACGAGCCUCAAGGAGCGCAACGCGCCCAGCGUCUUCGAGGCGUUCAGCCGCGAGUGCGGCAACAAGAGCUCCAACUGGAUGACGAUGCAGCAGGCCGAGGAGGAGACGGCGGGGUUCGACCACGCGCCCACCCUGGACAUCGCCGAGAUCGAGCACGGGGCCAGCACUCGCAACUGGGGGGAGCUGGAGCCCGAGAUCCACAGGUACCUGAACAUGAUCAGCAAGGUCGGCGUGUCCCUCAAGCUGGCGUCACCCACGCCCACGCUCCAGGACGGACGUGCGCGGUGGUAUCCACACGCGUAG